UGCCCGGAAGGACCUGGGGAAAGAAGCAUACAUUUGCUGAGACCAUAUCACCACUUGUCACAAGCUCUGAUGGCUUUUGAAGGCAGCCAGGAUUGCUUGCCACCUGCAGUGUCUUUUCGGAGGAGGCGGCUGGCACGGAAACCCGGCUACAUGAGAAGCGAAGCCGGGCCCGAGAUCAGGUUCCCCUCCCCCGCUGUGGGCACUUCGUUCUGGGCCCAGGGAGGGGCAUGUGGUGCCGAGUCCCGCCACUCUGGGUCCAGGGCUGGACAGCGUGGCCUUGACCCCGGAGGCCAGUGGCGAGGCCCCUCGGUUGGCAGCCCUCCUCCCAGGAGCACGGCAGCCUCGGCUCUAACCUGUGUGGGCCACCUAGGCUCAGCUCUGACCUCGGCCAGAGGGACCUCGGGGUUCUGUGGGGUUCAGUUCAGAGCUGGCAGCAAACCGCCCAACAGGCUGACCAGGUGGUGCAGCCCUGGGGACACUGGGUGUCAGGGGGAGCUCCCACCCAUGGACAGUUCGGAGGCCCCGGGCCCUCGGCAGGAGGCCACCUGCACUGAAGGAGCCAAGGCCACCUGGACGAAGCGCUGUCUGGCCCCAGAGGAGGUGAGCGGCACCAGCUGCAGCCCUGGAAGUGGCCCCAAGGUCCCCUCCGCCCCUGCCAGCUCUCAGGAGGCCGUUACCUCCAGCUUCAGCUUCAUCCAGCUCUCACUCAGCUCUGCCGGGGAACGUGGAGAAGCCGAAGGCUGCCCGCCAUCCAGAGAGCCGGAGGCCAUGGAGGCCAAAGCUGCCGGCUUGGACAGGCCCCUCCAGGACCCCAGACUUUUCUCUACCUCCUUCAGUCUCCAGGCCGCUCAGGGCCCUGCCGACUCUGCCCAGACCGCAGGGGCCAGCCCCGGGCUGGAGUGUGAGCCGCUUUCCGGGUUGGACACAGACGCUGCCUCCUCCUGCUCCUCGGACCCCUCAAGGUUCGAGGGGGCUGCGCUCCACUGGGACCUGCUGCUCAGGAAAUGUGAGCCCCUGCUGCAGGACUGUCUGCUCAGCAACCGCAGGCAGCUGGAGGUAAACUCCUUAAGAAUAAAGCUUCAGAAACUUCAAGAAAAAGCGGUUGAGGAUGAUGAUUAUGAUAAGGCUGAGACGUUGAAGCAAAGGCUGGAAGACCUGGAGGAAGAGCAAAGCAGCCUGCACUUCCAGCUCCCUUCGAGGCAGCCGGCCCUCAGCAGCCUUCUGAUGCACGUGGCAGCACAGGCCGAGGCUGCGCUGCGCCAAGCUGCUCCGCGGGCGGGCAGUGAGGACACCCAGGCCCUGCCCGGAACGGAGUCCACUGCUCAGGACCACCUGCGCGUGUCCCUUGGCAGGCAAGACUGGCUUCUGCAAGAAAAGCAGCAAUUGCAGAAAGAAAUCGAAGCCCUCCAAGCCAGGAUGUCUGUGCUGGCGGCCAAGGAUCAACAGCUGAGAAGGGAGAUAGCUGCGCACCAGCAGCUCCUCCUGUGGCAGGGCUGUGACCUGAGCCCCCUGAUGGGCAGGCUGUCCCUGGGCGAGCUGCAGGAGGUCCGCGAGGCCGCGCAGGACACCCUGGCCUUAGCCAGCCAGAUUCCUCUCCCUGCAGGACCACCCGAAACCAUAAGGAGCCUCCAGGAAAGGAUAAAGCCCCUCAACUUGUCACUUAAAGAAAUCGCUGCGAAGGUGUGCAGGACGGAGAGACUCUGCAGCGCUCUGAGGACGCAAGUUACCGAGAUUGAAACCCAGCUCCUGGCGUUGCUUGAAGCCAAAAUGCUUGCCGUGUCAGGAAACCACUUCGGAACAGCCAAGGAGCUCUCAGCGGAGAUGGGCUCGCUGGCCGGCGAGAGGGCGGGGCUGGAGGAGCUGCUGCACCAGCUGGCGGCGCUGAGCUCCCGGAACGUGGCGAAGCUGGGGAGGGUGCGAGAGGACUACGGCCGGCUGCGGCGGGAACUGCGCCGUGGGGAGGCGGCCCACGAAACCAGUGUGAGGGAGAACGCCGUGCAGUACAGGGAUGUGCUCGAGGAGAAGCUGCGCAGCUGUAAGUGUCCGCUGCUUGGAAAAGUGUGGGCAGCUGACUUGGAGGCUUGUCAGCUGCUUAUCCAGAGCCUGCAGCUCCAGGAGGCGAGGAGCAGCCUGUCUGCAGAUGAUGAGAAGCAGGUGGAUGACUUGGGGGGCGCUGCCUGUACAACUGCUCCAGGUGUCUCCCCCAGACCCCAUUGUGAAGAUGAGAGGAGGACCCCUUUGCAGGCAUUUGAAGAGUGGAAGGUUCACCUGGCUCCCUCUCCGCACUGUUCUGGCAGCGAACAGAAAGAGGAGUCUUACAUCCUUUCUGCUGAACUUGGAGAAAAAUGCGAAGCCAUAGGCAAGAAGUUACUGUACUUGGAAGACCAGCUUCACGUGGCGAUCCACAGUCACGAUGAGGAUCUCAUCCAGUGUCUCAGGAGGGAGCUCCAGAUGGUGAAGGGGACUCUGCAGGCCAUGAUCCUGCAGCUCCAGCCAGCAAAGGGCGGAGAGCGAGCCGAGUCAGCUUCCGGUGUGGCAGCUGGGGUCCGGGGAGCACAGGCCUGA